AGUGCAGGUGUCUGAGUGGUAGCGAGUAGUUGGCUGACGCUCUUCUCUUUAUUUUAGGAUACGGGGAUAUUGAAGUCUGCAAGCGUUAGCAAAGGAAGCAUCCACUUGCCUUGUGAGAGUUCGGAUAUUUGUGCAGUGGACAAGCCAUCCCAGGAUAACAGGACUGCAGUGAAUUUAGAUUUACAGUGCUAUGUUCAUUGUGAUGUGUUCUUUGCAAAGUGAUCUUUAAUGAUGUGUGUUAAGCUGAAAGUGUAUAAAGUGCAUUGCAAGUAAUAAAAAGUGUGAUUAUAGAAAACAAUGGUGUUCCAUUUUGUUGAAGAAAGGGUCCUUGGGCCUUUCCAUGUGCAUGUAAAUCAUCUUUCAUCUUGAGCGUUGCCUCAGUUCUAUUUUUGAAAAAUGGGCUAUAAGUGUGUGAUUGCAUUGGGGGUUCUGGCUGCAGGAUGUAUUUACCAAGCUCUUGCCUACCCCAUACCACAAGAAGCGCUGGGACGUGAGAGCAGCUGGACCAACAGGGAGUACCUUCACGCGGCCUUGGGCGUGGCGGCGCUCCUCUCCUCCGUCACCACCAUCCUCGCCUGCGUCUGCUGCAAACGCGCCGCCGGAUUCAAGGAGCUGGGUUCUGUGUCGUCACGUAUAGAGGGCAGCACCAGCACAAUCAACCAUGGCCCCAGAGAGGAGUUUACUCUGUUCCCUCCCGCUGGGAUUUCUCAACUAUCCGUCUCCACCACGCAGAUCAAUUUCGAGCCCUUGCCUGACAUCCGGCCUCGCUCCGGCUCGCGGCGGGAGCACCAGAUCACCGACAAGACGCUUCCGGCCUCCUUCCCGGCCCGGCUCUCGACGGGCCUCCCGACGGACGAGUGGUUCGCUGAGCCACACCAGAACUUCCCGCGUAACCAGUUGCAGUACGUCAAGGAGAUUGGCAAGGGCUGGUUCGGCCAUGUGCUGGAAGGCCGGGCGACGGGCAUCUUCAGUGACCACACGAAGGGAGAGUCGCCACAUGCAUCCACGGUGCGGCCCAAUACCCUGUACCGGGGCCAGACGCCGGUGGCGGUCAAGGUGUUGCGGGAGGACGCCACACCCACAGAGCAGAUGUACUUCUUGCACGAGCUGCGUCCGUACCGCCAGCUCUCGCACCCCAACCUGCUGAAGGUCCUGGCGCACUGCCUCGAGGCCGAGCCCUUUCUCAUCCUGCUCCAGCUUUGCCCGAAGGGUGACCUGAAGGCUGUGGUCCGUCAAGAAAAGAACUUGACAGAAGCAACAUUAUUGCGCAUGACCCUCAAUGUUGCAGCAGGUCUCAUGCACAUGCAUGCGCACUCCUUUAUUCACACAGACCUUGCUGCCAGAAAUUGCCUGGUUGAUGAGGAUUAUACAGUCAAGUUAGGUGACUAUGGCUGUAAUAUUGAUUAUUAUAAGAAUGAAUAUUACUGUACUGGUGAAGUGGCACUGCCUCUCAGGUGGUGUGCCCCAGAAACCUUAAAGUGCACUGACACAACUAUAGAGACAAAGGAGGUCACAAAGCCAGCAAAUGUAUGGAGUUUUGGAAUAAUAAUGUGGGAAAUCGCAAGUCGAGGAAUGUUGCCAUACACACACCUCGAUGAUGACCAUGUCAUCCAGCAAGUCAUUGUCGAUGAGUCUUGCAUACUUGAGCCUCCAAAGGCAGUUCAACUCCAUGCUGAGAAAAUAUACAAUAUAAUGAAACUUUGCUGGGGCUCAGAAAGUUUCAGACCUUCCAUGACCCACAUCCACUCUCUGUUAAUGCACUUGUGGGACAAUUUAUCCGUGGUACCACAUGACACAGCAUUGAUGAAUGAUUUUGAAUUGCGUUGGAAUCAGCUUCAGCAACAGAGGCCUCAAGAUCAUAGCAUUGUCCAUGCUGGUAAUACAACUGACCUUAGAUUUGACAGUGACUUCAGCUUAUCCAAUCGACAGCAACUUGGAGGAGCCAUGUCCCCCAGCUUACAAAACCUCCAUGGCUCCGUAGAAGAUCUUGAUGCUAAGAUGGCUGCCAAGUUUGGGUCAGCACUCCCCUCUUGGUUGGGAAUGGAGCCAGGGCAACCAAUGGACAGCCUCACACGAGAGAUCACUGAUGCUAUACUAAAGCUGGACGAUUACUUGGCAGGAGAAAAGUCUGAGCCAAGUACCACAGAAGCAUCUCCAGAGAAAGGGGGAGUAAACUUCAAAUUUGGCAAAGACUCUUUUGUGUCUAAUCCUCCAAACUCAAAGUUGGUGCGAUCCAGUACACUGUCUGUAGAGGAAGGGAGUGGACAUCCCAGCCUGGCCAGAACUUUGUCAGAUGGUGAGGAUGAGGGGUUCACCAUGAGAUUAGAACAAGGCGAGUUUUCAGAGAUGGUUCGCUUGAAAAGCCAGAGUGUCCAAGACUUUAUGAAGUUGACAGUAGUAGAUGAUGGAAGUGAUUCAGACAAUGCUAGUCAACGAAAUUCUUUAGCAUUUGAACCUGUUAAGAAACCUCUUGCACAAGAGAAAUCUUAUUCUAGUGAAGGUAAUAUCAGGGAAGCUCUCAGGGAUGAUAAGUUUAUGGGAGAAAUAGAAAGAUUGCAAGCUGAACAUAGAUACUCAAUUAUCACAGAAGCAAGCAGAGAAAAUGCAUCAUCAAUAGAAUAUAGAAAUCAUGACUUUGGCUUUGAUAAAACACUAAAUGAUUCAGAUACAGUUGAGAACUCUGAAGAUGGAUCUACAGACAAGCUGGCAACAAGUGUUGAAUCAGAUAAUUCAAAUAAUUUUAAUAACAGACACCAAAGUGAAGCCGAUCCUUUUUUAGGUGAAGUUAUCUCCUCUGAAGAUACAGAGGAGAAGAUAGGAUUAAGUAAAGAAGCAGAGGAAAGUCACUCUUCAGAAGUGUAUGAUGCCUCACCAGAGCAAAAGCCACUGCCAGCCUCUCCAGAUUGUGUUGUCUCUUCACGUGAACCUAAACCAGUGGCACUACCUGACAUUGUAGUCCAUGAUGCCUCUGUAAAACUAAGCACACCAAGUCCACCCCCAGUGGAAAGCCCACCAAAAGUUAUGAAUAGCAACCAACCAAGAGAGUUUCGCUUUGUAUUCGAUGAAGAGGAAAAUGCUAUUUCAUGUGCAUCAGAUCCUACUUAUGAAAAUAAUGGUGAUGCCCAGACACAGAAGGAUUCUGUGGUUUUCAGUGACAAUAUUAAAAAGGUUGAAGUGAAUGAUAUGGAUAAUGGCUGGAUGUUGGAAAAAAUUAGGACUGACAACCAAAGGGAUGAGGACAGCAGCAAUAAGGAUCCUGCCUUGAACAGUCAGAGAUCAGCAGUCCAAACUGGGGAGGUAUCCUGUAGAUCUGCAGAAUUAAACAAGUUUCUUGAUUAUGUACAGGAAAAGUCCAGACAGAGAUUGACCAGCACACCACUGAAAAAGGAUGAAGAUGACACUGGAGAGAGGGGGACAGGGGAUGAAAAGAUGGGUUCUUCGCCAUUUACAGAUGGGUUCAGUGUCCAUGAUACAAGUUAUGAAGGAGAUCAAGAAAUGUCUAGCAGUGUAAUUGCUGUUGACAAGGAUAAUACUGAUGUCAAGCAACGGUUAGUAUUUGGAUUUAACAAGGAUGAAAUGAAGGAUGCUGACAAUGAACAGAAAAAUGACCAUUCCUGUAAUGAGAGAAAGGAUAAAAAAACAGCACCUGAAAUUCCCAGCUAUAAACCAGAAGAAAUUGUUGAAGGAGAAGAGGUAGUUAUAGGAGCUUUGGAACACUAUUCUUUAGAACUAUACAGGGCCAUCAAAUCCCCUGAAUCCACUGAAUGUAAAGAAGAAAACACCCAGCCAUCAGCUGUUCCAAGAGAAGUUCACCCAGCAGACAACAAGAAUAAUGAGAAAGACUUGGCUGGGAUUGAAUUUGAUUUAGAACAAUGGGAUAGAUUCCUAGGUAGUACAAUGAAUGAAGAUUUAGUGAACUCAGAUACAGUUUUCAAGGAAAUUUCAAAUGAUAAAACAAAUAUAAAGAGUGACAUAGCAAGUGAUAUAUUAGGAAGCACAUUUGAUAGGAGUGAAAAUGUGAUAGUGAACAAAGCAGAAUAUCCUGGUCUCUCAGAUUUAAGACAGGAUCUCAGUAGUACAUUUGAGCAUAGUACAUGUAAUGAGAUUUCUGACAUUAUGAAGCACAAUGAAAGUGAAAUAUCAGAUGUUGAUUCUCAUCGUCCAAAGGUUGAUACGGACAUAUUUUUCAGUUCAGAUUCAAGCUCAUCUCUUACGAAACACUCUGAUGCUUUGGUACAAAAGGUUUCCUCAGAAUUUCAUGAACCAUUUCGCACUGCCAGCAUGGAAUCCUCUUUAUGUGACAGGAACCAGAUUAUGAAGUUUAGUGAUGAAUCUUACCUAACUGCCGAAUCCAGACCAGUGACAAGAGAACUGUAUACGUCAGCUGAAGUGUCUGAUCUCUACAAAACUGCAACUCUGCUUUCUGAUGAGGAACUAAAGCAAACUCCUUUCCCAGAUGUAAACUCAUUGAACCAAAGAGAGUGGAGUUCUUCAGAAGGCAGUAAGAUUGAUGAAACCUGUUCUGUUGGCAAUUCAUAUGUUAUUAUUGACACCCCCUCAGAUUCUUAUACCUAUAAGAGGGAAGAUUCAGUUGACUGCACAUUUGAGGUAAUGGACCAUAAUGAGAUUAAUCAAUUAGUAAAACAAAGUAAAGACAUAAAGGAAACAUUUGGCAGAGAAUGUGAAAUAGCAGAUUCAUCAACAGUUUCAUCAUGCCAGUUGCCUGAAAUUCAGAGCUCUGAUGAGAAAAGUGUUGUCAGAUCAGAUACGAGUGAUUCAGUUCAUGACUUCAUUGUAGAAAAAGACAAGGCAAUACACAAUGAUGGAAAAAUAAAAACAGGACUUGGAUUCCAGAUAUCAUCUGCAGAAGAAAAGGGGCUCGGUGCAAAAUCUGCCACAACAGACUUAGAAAACCAUAAAUUAGUAAACCUAAAUGGUGAUGUGCUUAAACUCAAAACUUUUGAUUUAGAUUCUGAAGUGAAUUUAAUUAAAGAAGAGGAUGACCUUUCGCCAAGUGCUUACCAAUAUAGGAUAAGAGGUGAUGACUGUUGGUCAUCACAAGAGAGUCAAGAUUCUGCAGUAGAGAAUGAUGAAGCAGAAAAUGGGGACUUCUGGCAGCAGCAGAUGGUUGCCUGGCAAGAGGCAGCAUUUCAGACAAGGCAGCUGCUCCAAGAAGCAGCUGAUGGCAAUAGUACCUUUGAUGGAAAACUCAAAGGUUCACAGGAAGAUCUGGAAGCAAGCCCUCGCAGUGACACGUCUUCCACCAAGAGUCCUUACUCCUCAACUGAUUUGCUAAAUCUUGAUGAUGAGGGAACAUACGUUUCAUACAACACAACAGAUGAUGAGGAGGUACUUGGAUACAAACCAGAAGACAUAAAUGCUCUCAGGGCUGAGUUGAACUUGAAGCUCGGUGGUGUGCAGGAAAAGGAGGAAAUGGAACCUGAAGAACCUGAUGAUAUCCCAUCUGGGGAACGUGACAAUGUUGUUAUCAACUACAGAGGUAUCAUCACCACCACUUUAUCUCCUAUAAAAGAAGAGAGCUUCCUUGAGGACUAUGAUUCACCAGCAAGAAGACUCAGCAAUAAGAGCAUCACAGAAGAUCCUAGCAUUGAGUUCCAUGAAUCAGUUUCAGAAAGUUUAUGUUUGGAUGGUUCCAAAAAAUUAGAUGGCACUUUUGUUAUACAUGAAGCUGUCAGUGAAGAGACAGUAAAUAAAAUGGAGCCUGGAUUAAGUGAGCUAGCUUUCUCUGGGGAUUUUGAGGAUGGUAUUAUAGUUGCAGAAGAGGAAUCAAAGGACAAAUCCAAAACCCUUGAUUCCUCUUCUGAUACUGUUGAUAGAUUACAUAUUAGUAGUUCUCUAGAUAUUUGUAGUCAAGCAAAGGUUGAUAGUUUAACAGAAAAUAUACAUGAUAGUUUGAUAUUAGAAGACCUAGAAGAGGAGUCUGGUCCGUCUUCUAUACAAAUAUACAAUUCAAAAAAUGAUGGUGAUGGUGAAGAUGUUCUGGUGGUUGACACAGAAACAAAUCAGGCUACAAUAGUUGAAGGUGGAAAGCCUAGAAGUCAUCUUGCCUUCAUAAUUGACCAAGUGGAGGAGCCAGAAGUAACAGACAUUCAGAUUUUUGCCUAUGAAGAUUCUGAUGAUGUUGCUCCAGAGUCUAUUCCAUCUAUUGGGGGUUCAAGGUUUGAUGAAAUGCGGUAUCGUGAGAAGUGUUUAAGAGAGGAUCAGUCUACUGAUAAGCCUACUGAUAUUGUUGAGGGAGGUACAUUUGAAAUUGACACAGAAUCUAAACCUGAAAUUGCAUUCGUCUUGACAGGAACAUUAGGAUCUGAGGAAAAUCUUGAGAGAAGAAAAGAACCAAAUGAACUUGAGAAUUCUCCUCAGGGAAUUCUGGUUCCUCACUACCAUUCAUAUUUUACAUCUGCACUAAGCAGCAUAUCGCAUCCUAAUGCCAGCAUUGAGGACCCACCCCUUUUUGAACAAGUGGAACACAUCUCACUUCCUUAUGAUGUCAAUUACCCAGCUGCUGGUGAAAAUGUAGAUUUCAGUGACAAGGAAGAGGAGGAUUCAAGACCUAGUGGAGUCUCUGGAAAGGAGAUAAACAGCAACAAAGCUAAAGAGGAAGAAGAGGCAGAAGCGCCCAUUAAACUGAGCUUCCUUGGACGCCUCUAUUCAGAUGAGUCAGAAGAGAGCAACGAGAAGAAUAUAAAGUCACACAAAGCAAGAGAAGCCACUCUUCUCUCAGACUCCGAGAGUGAGGAGGAGGCUGAGCAGCCAGUAGCACGCCCCAAGACUCCGGAGCCAGGGGACCUCAACCAGAUGACAUCAGCAGAAAUGUUAGCCUCCAAAAAGUAUCAGACUGGGAACUUGGAACUGACGAGUUCAUAGCUGACGACACGGGUGAAUGGAGGAUUAUGUUUAUCGUAAACCCAUUAGACCUGCGCCGCCACCUCCAAUAUACAGCCUGGGAUCGGUGUCUUAUGACGACACCGCAGAUGGAUUUCUUGUAGAUAAUGGGGAGUUCUUCAUUCGCUCAUCAGCAUCACCCUUCACUUUCACAAGCUCCUCCUUUUCUGCUUCUGAUUUCUUCACUGCAAGUCAUCCCUCAGAGUAUGAUGUGAUUUUUGGUAGCUCCUCUCAGAAUACAGCCUUGAGUGAUGCACUACCAACAGAACUGUUAGACACAGUGGUUAGCAAAGCGAAUGGAGUGUUCAGUGACCCACAGGAGGCAGGGGAUCCCUCCCUGAGUGAUGAUCCUAAUCAGUCUUCCCCAACGAACACUGUCCUUGGCCAGCUGAGACACACGAGGGAUAAACUUCGUUUAGAAAUCCCCACCAUAUCAGUAGCUAGUGCCACAGCUGAGGAUGCUGUGUUUCCUGUAGAAAAUGGUGAAAAUAGUGUAAAGAGGCAUAAUGGUCAGGAUAUAACCACACCAGGAAUCAACCUUGGGAGACCUGAACCAGAAGUGAGUGAAGUUUAAUUUAAAAAGAAAAGUAUAUUCUCUUAAUGAAAUGUAAAAUACGGCUGAAUACAAAAGACAUCACAGAAAUCAACAAGUCUAUGUUCUAUUGUAUUUACAUGUUUCUCAGGACUUUGAAUGAAAGGAGAAGGAUGGAUUGAAAGUAGCUGGUGCUGUAGCAAGCCACAUUAUUAAAUGACCUGUAAGACAUCCUACAUAAAACUGUAGCAGAAUUCAUACCAUGUGAUUUAUUUAUUGUAAAUAUUAGAAUGGCUUCAAUUUAUUUUCAGCUGAACUAGUAUUUAGUGGUGCUCUUAGACAGACAAUCAUCUUGUUCAAAUCAAAUUAAUAUGUUUGCAUGACUUUUGAAGAGAGUAAUGAGUUUCAAGAAAUUUUCUAGUUGUCCUCUUGAUUUAGCAUUGCUGUUUUAUGAAUUUUGCAACAGUUCAGUUAUAGUCCUUUAACUUCUUGUUUCCUGAAGAAGGAAGGACACACAUUCUUGUUCUAAAGACAAUUAAAAAAAGUAAUUUAUAUAUAUGUACAGUAUAAUGAUGAGUGUGAUGUAAAUAUAAUGUGAAAAGUGAAAGAUUUUUCUAUCAAAAUAGUGAUAUUAGUGACUAACUUGCCAAUUUUGAACAGGAUAGUAAUUUGCUGUAGGAUUAUGUUCAGUGCAACGAAGAAUGAAAAUCCUUAUAGCAUUGCUUAAAUUUCAAAUUGGGGGUGAUGUCACACACAAAGCACAACCAGUGCCUAUGUCGUGUCUUAGGGAAAACAAAGCUGCCGUCCACAAUGCCUGUUGUACCUUUCCCUCAAGAUUUGUAUAAAGAUGAAAGUUAAAUGUGCAUCAUGUAGAAUCCAUAUAGUGACUCUGCUGACCUAAUUCCAUAAACAUCAGAAACUUAGUCUUAAAAUGAUAAACACCAUCUGCACGUUUUGCUAACUGUAUACACUUGUGUUCAGUUCAGUACACAGUAAUUUACACAUAUCGUAGUGUAUAGCUUUUUAUGCUCAUGAUGUUAAAAAAUGUCAGUGAAUGAUAACAAAAUAUUUGUAGUAUUGUGAAAGUACCUAUUGUGUACUUAAGUAACCAAGAUAACAUGUCUUCUGAUUUUGGUAAAAACUCUUACUUCUGUACCAAAGAUAUAAAGAGACUGGCAACAGUUCUCAAGACUUCCAAAAUAUAUACAUAUACAGAUAGGCCAUGAUAGGCCAAUUUCCUAGUGCUUUGCAGCCUUGUAAUUAGAUUUGUCAUUCAAGUGCUCAGUAUAGUCUUAUGAGCUAUUUUAAAUUUAGGCUCCUAUGUAUUAAUAUUACUUGCACAAAUGUAAAGCAAUAUAAUUCAUCUCUUGAUUUUGCUCUCCAUCUUUUGGAUUAUAUUGUAUGUUUGAUCUUCUCAUUUGUCAUAUUGCUAUUUGUCAGAAUUUGAAGGAAAUAAGUUGAAUGGCUAAAAGUUUUUGAUUUCUGGGAAAAUAAUUUAAACAGCAUUGCCAUUGUCUGUUUUGUAAGUAAGCAUUUCCUAAACUUUGUGAACUCUUGAGAUCCAGUUGUGAAUGUUGGUGGUUUUAUUUUGUUUUAAUUAACAGUAAUUUAUUUCUAAAAUAUGUAUUUACAGCUUAAUAGAAGUUAUGAAUAAAUAAAUGUAAAAAAAAUAAAAUAAAAGCCAUAUCACCAAAAUAUAAAAAAUUAAUAUUCUGCAGCUGUGGUAAAUGUACUGAUGGAAGGAAAUUUUCUGAGUAGUCAGUCAUAAAGUGCUAAGAUCCACACUGUAUUAUGCAUAAGAUCAAUGCGUAUGAAAAUUUUUGUUUAUAGUUACAGUUUGAAAUAUUUGAUGUAACACUUCAAAACAGUACUCUUAUUAUGAUUUUAAGAUUAUGUAAAAUAUUUCUAAAUUUCUUAAGAUCAUAUGUUCUGUAUAAAGUUGAUCUUUAAUUUUGGGUAUAUUAAUUCCCAGGUGAAAUGUGAAUACUAUUCUUGUUUAUAUUCACAGCAUAUAGUAGAUCUGUGUAUGGAAAUUCACAAAAUUAUGUAAAAAUGAAAGGUUGAGAAAAAAGUCACAAUACAAAUGACCAUAUGUUGUUAAUCAAAGUAUAUUCUCCUGAUACAUUCCAUUCCUUCACUAGUCCUUUUGUUGAAUAUGUCUGAUCCUGUUAGUAGAAUUCAAAGUCCUCUACCUACCUUGUUGCAGUAUGACUGGUUUUCAUAUGGUGGACUACCAAUACCAUCAGGCAGGGUGCUUGAACUUUGGGCUAGCAUGAUAGAUCCUUUAUACAGGGCACUACUUAAGGAAGGAUACUAAGAGAGUGCUCUCACUCUUUGAUAGAGUGGAGGUGUAUAGAGUAAUGGUACUAAGUGGUUUCACAUAUCUUUGCAUAUAGCAUUUGUUUGCAUGAAAUUCAUAUGAAUACUAUGUAUUUUACCACAAAAUCUGAUAGACUAUCCUAAGAUUCACAAACAUGUAUAUGGUAAGGUGGUUGUGUAUAUUUAUUUGCUGUCAAGUACAGUAUUAUGGUGUAAAUGUUUCUAAAUUAAAAUUCACUUCAAUG